CCAGUAGCUGUGUGAAUACUUCCUCAAUCGGACACAGAAACAGACACAGCAGCAGCGAAGCAGCACAGGGAGCUCCACGGCGCCCCCCGCAGCUGCCCAGCGGCUUAUUGCUCACUCCCACCCUCUCUGGGAGGCAGCAGGCCACCUGUAGAACUGUGUAAAGAGUAAGGAGUCCGGCGACACACGGCUGCAGGACACAGAGGAUGGAGCAGGACAGAGGGGAGGGACCACUGUGGAGGGUGAGAUGGAGGAUUUCUUCUCUUCGUGUCAAAGGCUCACAACCAAAGGAGGAGGACAGGGACUUUCCAAGCUCAAGGAGGGGGGCAAAAAAGUUCUCCUCCUUCCGCCAUUGGCGUAACCCUGAGACGUACCCAGGUGACGAUUCCGUGGAAGGUCCCAGGGAAGAUCCUGCCAAGGUCAAUGGGCAGAGGACAGAACCACUUAACCUGAACCACGGUGCCAUCAUGUCUAGUGAGGAUAUGGUUGGCGAGUCGCAGUUUAAGAGGCUGACCACCAUGCUGUCCUCCUUCCGCGAGAAGCUCCAGAGGUCCGCCAGUACUAAUGAGUCUGACCAGGCACCAGUGGCAGAUCCCAGUAUAGUGGAGGUCCCCGCCAAGGAACGCUACACUGGGCAGUUCUUCUUUGAGUACCUAGUGGUCGUCAAAAUCGAUAAGAAUAAAACAGGAGGCUAUGAGCCACAGAUCAUCUACCAGUUUCCCAAGAAAGACGGGAUGAUGAGAUCCCAGAGGGAGCAGGAAGAGAAGACUCUGAAAGCAAUCACCCUCUUCUGCUUCCCGGAUGGGAUGGAGUGGGCCCCGCUCUCCGAGUACCGCAGUGAGACCUUCUCCUUCAUCUUGACUGAAAUGGAUGGCAGCAGAAGAAACGGCUACUGCCGGAGGCUCCUGCCGCCUGGCAGUAGAGCACGCUUACCGGAGGCCUUCUGCAUCGUCAGCCGUCUGGCUUGCUUUGGACUUUUCUCCAAGAUCUUUGAUGAGGUGGAGAAGCGGCGGCAGAUCUCAAUGGCGAUGAUCUACCCCUUCAUGCAGAGCCUGAGGGAGGCGCCGGUUCCUGCCCCAGGACACACUGUUAAUAUCAAGAGCUUCAUUCCGGAAUCCGGUACAGAGAUCAUCAAGCUGACUCGGCCCCUGGACUCCUGGCUGGAGCACGUGGACUUCCACACGCUGUUCCACUGCCUGUCGGAUAAGGAGGUGCUCCAGGUGUUUGCCGCCACUGUCCUGGAGCGCCGCAUUAUCUUUGUCGCCGAAGAGCUCAGCACGCUGUCCCAGGUCAUCAAUGCAGUGACGGCACUGCUGUACCCCUUCGUUUGGCAGCACACUCUCAUCUCCAUCGUCCCUCAGAUCCUCCUUACUGUAACCAUGGCACCCACCCCCUUCCUACUGGGGGUGCAGAAGCACAUGCUAAAUGAAAUCAUGGAGGAUGCUGACACCACCAGUCUGCUGGUCGUAGAUUUGUCUGAGGGAGCGGAAAAAAGGCUCAUUGUGAAGGUAGGGGAUGAAUCAUCUAUUUUGCCCCCAAAACUCCAAGAGGAACUCCUACAGGAAUUAAGCACCAGAAAAAAAAAUUCAAGUCCAGAGGAACUGAAGAAAGUGGUUUCAGAGGCUUUUGUGUCCUUCUUCGUGAAAACAGUUGGCCAUUUUGCCCAGUAUGUCAAGCCUCAGGGUGGAAACCAGCCUGCCGUAUUUCAGAAGCGGAACUUUUACAAGGCCAUCGAACCAAAGGUCGUACGACACUUUGUCAAGAAAUUCCUGGUGACGCAGAUGUUCGACCUCUUCAUUCAGGAGGCGGAGCAAAGCCAGGGAGCUGCCCAAGGAGGGCAUUUUUGCAGAAAGAUUGUUGAAUACCAAGAAAAGAAGAAAAAAGAAAAGGCAAAGAAACACUAGGAUGGACAUUGCAUCAUAUAAACUGUGAGCCAAGACAUAGAAAAAUGUCUGAAUGGGGUACAUGUAGAUAGCUGUUGUUUUUAAAUGUAAUGAAAGUAAAUAAUUCUGUAUUUUGUGUGUUUUUUGGCUUCAGUCUCUUUUGGGAUGAGAUUCUGAAUCUGAAGCAACUUUUCUUGCUCUUGAGAGGUAAUUUAAUCAAGUGCUGUAAGGGAAAUUAAGGUGAGACUGGUGGUUCAGCAAAUGGGUUGAACAUGUGUAUGGGUGUGAAGCAGAGAGAAUGUGACAGUACUCUCAUAAGUAGGGUGUUCUGAGAAGUUCCUUCUCAAGGACUCCUGACACUGGAAUUCAUGUACAUGGUAGAGUUGAAAUAAAAUGUUUUACUUCAAA